AUGACGAGAAAACUCGCAGUCGCUUGCCUGUUCUUGGUGGCAGCCCAAGCCGCGUACGCACAUCCGACCGCCGAAGAUGCCCCAGCCGCCCACGCCGCCGACGAGUCAGCCGGUCUGGAAAAGGUGUACAAAGUCAUGCAGGACUGCUCCGAGAAGAACAUGGCCACGUGCUUGAAAAUGAGAGCUUUGCAGUACGUCGACCGGGCCUUGCGCAAGACCGACAGCAUUGACGUGUUCGACGGAAUAUCUUUGGUCAAGUCCGAAUCCGUAGAAUCCAGCCGAGGCUUGAACGGCCGAUCGCUCGCCGAGUCUGAGCUCGAAGAAGCACAGCCCAAAGACGAUGACGAGAAGGACGCCCAAGUCGAAAACCUCCUGUUGGACCGCGUUGCUCGUUUCCUAGAGAGCCACACCCUUCAACUCAAAGUCCCGGAAUCGUCCAUCUCUGGCAUGAGGAGAUCUCUCGAUGAAGCUCGUGGCAAGAAGAAGAAGCACCAAAAGAUGCUGAUGCCAUUGUUGAUGCUAUUGAAGAUGAAAGCCAUCGCCCUCGUCCCAUUGGCUAUCGGUGCUCUUGCCCUGCUCGCAUUCAAGGCUCUCGUCGUCGGCAAGAUCGCCCUUGUCUUGGCCGUCGUCAUGGGAAUCCAAAAGUUGUUGGCCAACAGCAAGAGCCAACAAUCGUACGAAGUAGUGUCUCACCCACACUACACCGAGGAACACGGACACGGACACGGAGGUGGAUACAGACGGUCCCUGGAAGGCGAGAGCGCCCAAGAAAUGGCGUACCGCGGUCAACACUAA